GCAUGUUUGGAUGUAGCGGUGCAGGUCAUCUUCAUCUUCGUCGUCACUGCAUGUGUUGAUGUCCAACUGGAAGGGAAGAUUUGCAAAAUAACAGCGUUCAGAAGACAUCGCGCUUUAGAUCGGAGACACCGACAGAUCAGGUGACAUCAUGAGCAAAGUGCAGGGUGGGAUGAAAUGCGUGAAAUACCUGCUUUUCAUUUUCAAUUUCAUCUUUUGGCUGUCAGGCCUGUUGGUGCUGGCUCUGGGACUUUGGCUCAGGUUUGACCCAGAAACAGUGGAGCUUCUGACAGGUGAUGGGGCCCCUGACACCUUCUUCAUAGCUGUGUACAUGCUUCUCGGUGCAGGCGGGCUGAUGAUGAUCGUUGGGUUCUUUGGUUGUUUCGGGGCUGUACGCGAGUCUCAGUGUCUUCUUGCAUCGUUCUUUGCUUGCCUUCUGAUAAUCUUUGGAGCAGAGAUUGCUGCUGGUGUGUUUGGAUUCCUAAACAAGGAACAGAUUGUUGAGGAAGUCCAAAAGUUUUACAGUAGCUCCAUCGCUGAUGUCUCCAAUUCAAAUGGCACCGCAGUAGCAUUAAUUUACCACAAAACCCUGAACUGUUGUGGAGGCUCCACAUCCGACACGUCUAACACACUUUGUCCAGAGGCUGCCAAGGACACCGAGGUCACCCAGGACUGUUUCACAGCAAUAACAGACUUCUUCAAUGAAAAGCUGCAUAUUAUUGGAUACAUUGGGAUUGGUGUUGCAGGAGUGAUGAUCAUAGGAAUGAUCUUCAGUAUGGUUCUGUGUUGUGCCAUCAGGAACAACAGGGAGGUUAUAUAGAUGUCCAUCCCAGUUGUCCUAGUCCACGGUGUCCACGGGCCAAAUUCAACACGGAUAAGCUGGAUCGUUAUCUUCACACCUCAACUCUACCAGCACUGAAAAUGUAUUUCUCUGCUCUUUUCCAUAACACAUGCUCUGCUUUUGGCACAACUCUGUGACAUUCCUCGGUUUCAACAUCUUUUUGUUUCAUUGCUGGCGCUCCACAGAGGCGACGGCGCUGCACUGCAGCUACAACACAGUACAUGAAGCCUUCUUUGACACAGGAAUGUUGUGUAUUGCUGUAAAUAUGAACACCUAUUUUGUGUACUUGCUGUUAACAUUAAUUUUCGUGCCCUAGUUUUUUUUAAUGUAAUUUAUAGGCCUUAUGCCAAUCAUACUUUGUGUGCUUAAAUGUUUUGAGGACUUGUCUACCUUUGCAGAGUAAAUUUCCAUUAUGUGCCUAUUUAGUCACACAGACAAGCCUCCAGCUACCGUACUAUUUAGCUAUUCCUUGUGAUUUGAGUAUGCACAUAGCGACUGUGCUUGUUCCCAGCCACCACUCUCAAGUAUUUCUACUUUUAAAGCACAAUAGAGGAAGUGUAGACAUGAUAUCAACCCAAAGGGUUAGGAAAGGUCUGAUGAUAAACUGCCACUCUGUGAACCUCCGAAUUUAGAUAAAAAAGGUCAUGAGUAACGCUCCGUCUCUAUAGCACUAUAGCAUGUGUGAACUGUAACAGUGAGCUAGUUUGCAUUUCGUGUGCAUUAUUUUGGAUGUAAAUUUUGUUGGUGUGCCAAUAAGAUGUGAAUUAUAGAAUAAUAUAGUUUUAUGUCAUACUGUUAACCAUAAUAAAUAAAACACACUGGGUGCUUUUA